UGCUUGAAGCAUACAACAAACACUACUCACUCUAAAACGAUUCAUACAAGAAACUCACAACUCGGAGACUCGCUGGUUAUUAGAGUGAACUCACUCACUCGCUCAUUCAUUCAUUCAUAUGACUUAUCUUCACUAUUGUUGUGAAGGAACAGAAAUGGAGGAGUGAAAACUCUCAAGGUAUCUCAUCAAUGACUACUCAAUUUGUCAAUUGAGUAGAAUUUCAUUCAUUGAUUCAUUCAUGAUAGUGAGUAAAUGAGUGAUGGUGGCAUACCUUUCAUACCCUCCAGAUGCUUUAACGAAUUACUACUCCAACAACAACAAUAACAGUCCAUUUCUGCAUUUGCCGUCCCCGCGUCAAAGAAGAAGAAGGAGGUUUGAUUCUAGAGAAGCUUUGUUCCUGAUUCGGGAAUGCAAUUCUUUCAAACAGCUUAAACAAAUUCAUGCCCAGGUCCUCCGUAAUGGCCUCCUCCACCACUGCAACAAUCAACUCCUCCUUACUCAAAUGCUCCUACGCCUUUGUCCUUCUACCACUUCUUCACCAUCCAAUCAUUUCAAUGACACUGAUUACGCCACCUCUCUCCUGUUAUCAACACCACCCACAACCACCACUACCUUCAAUUGGAACCUGGUCAUUAGAUCCCACACCAUCGAUUACAGCGGUCCCGUCUCCGCUCAUCGACCGCUCCUUCUCUACUCGCUCAUGAUUCAACGUUCCAUUCCUCAUGAUCACUUCACAUUCCCAUUUGUCAUCAGAGCGUGUACUCUUCUUUCCUUAUCUCUUCCUCUUGGUAAAGCCCUUCAUGCUCGCUCUGUUGUUACCGGCUUUUACACAGAUAUCUUUGUUCAGAACACAUUGAUGGAUAUGUAUUUCAAGUAUGGAGAUUACGUCUCUGGUAGCAUGGUGUUUGAUAAAAUGAGUGAUGCAAAGAGGACUGUCGUCUCCUGGACGACAAUGCUCGUUGGACUCGUCUCCGCUGAAGCUAUCAAGGAUGCUCGUGCUGUGUUCGACCUUAUGCCCGAGAGAAAUGUGGUGUCUUGGACUGCCAUGAUCGGUGGGUAUGCCAGAAACGGGCAGCCUCAAGAAGCUCUUCGGCUGUUUAAGUGUAUGGUUGAUGAUGGCAUUAGACCCAACGAAUAUACAUUGGUCAACUUAUUGGUGGCUUGUACAGAAAUGGGGAGUUUGAAAUUGGGCAGUUCGAUUCAUGACCUUGCGCUCAAGAGAGGAUUUGGAUUGGGUGUUUUCCUGGGGACUGCUCUUAUCGAUAUGUACAGCAAGUGUGGUAGUCUAGAGGAUGCAAGGAAAGUUUUCGAUGAGAUGCCUCGGAGGAGCUUGGCGACUUGGAAUUCUAUGAUCACCAGCUUGGGUGUACACGGGCAAGGGUAUGAAGCCCUUUUUCUAUUCAGCACAAUGGAGAAAGCAGCAUCAUUGGAUAACAACAUUCAGCCUGAUGCCGUCACUUUUGUGGGCGUUCUACGUGCUUGUUUGCAGGAAGGCUUGGUGGCUGAAGGUUGUAGAUAUUUUAGAUAUAUGAGAGAUUGUUACGGUAUUACACCCAUAAUGGACCAUUAUGUUUGUAUGGUUGCACUGUUAGCUCAAGCGGGAAUGCUGAACGAGGCUUAUCAGUUGGCGACUCUCAUGCCAAAAAAACCAAAUGGCCUUGUAUGGGAAGCACUACUUAGAGCCGUUAGAGCCUAUGGAAAUGUUGACCUUGAGCAAGUUGUUUCGAAGCUUGUUGAAGAUGCAGAACCAACUAGAGAUGCUACACUGCUUUAUGAUCAGUCCCACCAUCUUCAUGGAGAUUCAAGCUUUGAAUGGGAAGUUGGCUGAUUCUGUAGAUUUUCCUAGACAAACCACCAAUUUUUUGUUAUCAGUUAAACAUGUUUCUUGUGGUUCACAGAAGAUAUAUAAGAGAAAGUUUUGGCCUUUGUUCCCGCCGAGGAACUUAUUAUUUUGUUCAUAAA